UUUAUUGUACUAUCCAGGAGGAGUCGGAUCUCGCCUGACGCAGAUUUCUGCUCUGCGGUUGUUUUACGAGGACUCUUCAAGGAUAAACCUGCAAGAUGUCAAAAGACGUCCCACGUGAGCCGGAGCAGCUCCGCAAGCUGUUCAUUGGAGGCCUGAGCUUUGAGACGACAGAUGAGAGCCUGCGGGCUCAUUUUGAACAAUGGGGCUCCCUUACAGACUGUGUGGUCAUGAGAGACCCCAACAGCAAGAGGUCCAGGGGUUUCGGCUUUGUUACAUAUUCGUCAGUGCAGGAAGUUGAUGCUGCCAUGUCUGCCCGUCCCCACAAAGUGGACGGAAGGGUCGUGGAGCCUAAGCGUGCAGUUUCUAGAGAGGACUCAAACCGUCCAGGUGCUCAUGUAACGGUCAAGAAAAUCUUUGUGGGAGGCAUCAAAGAAGACACAGAGGAGUCGCACCUUAGGGAUUACUUCCAGCAGUUCGGCAAAAUCGAGGUCAUUGAUAUCAUGACCGACCGCAACACUGGAAAGAAGAGGGGUUUUGCUUUUGUCACAUUUGAUGACCAUGAUUCAGUGGAUAGGAUUGUCAUUCAAAAAUAUCACACAAUCAACUCUCACAACUGCGAAGUGAGGAAGGCCCUCACCAAGCAGGAAAUGCAGAGUGUUGGAAUGGGAAUGAGAGGAGGGCGUAACAGCGGGGGGAGGCCAUACGAUUAUGACAGAGGCUUCAACCAGGGAGGUAGGGGCAGAUAUGGAGAUGGUCCUAAUAACUGGAAUGAUGGUGGUUACGGAGGCGGUCCUGGUGGUCCUGGCGGCUAUAACAACGGCGGCAACAGGGGUUAUAACCAGGGCUAUAACCAGGGUGGUGGUGGUGGUGGAGGUGGCGGCGGAGGCUACGGUGGAAACAGUUAUGACAGCAACGGUUAUGGCAACUGUGGAGGAGGAGGAGGUGGCGGCGGUGGGAGUAACUACAACAACAUGGGCCAUUACGACCCCCAGGCCUCUAACUUUGGCCCAAUGAAGAACAACUUUGGUGGCGGCGGCGGUGGUGGUGGCGGCAGGAGCUUUGGAGGCUACGGAGGUGGCUCUAACAAUCCCGGUGGCUACGGCCGCCCAGGACGAUUCUAGAAUAAGUGGACUGAGUACUUAGGAGAGGAGAGCAAGGAGAGGAGAGCAAGCGAAGUGACAGGGCAGCUGCAGGUUUACCUCCUAAAUCUGCUCAGCCAAACAGUUGUGGCAGGUUACAGCUGCUACAAGAAGAGAUGUACAGUAGAUAAAUCAUGGAGGGCCUUCAAUUAAACUUUUGUGUCUUCUGUUUUUUUCUUUCAUCAAAAUGUGUUUUAUAAAAAAACAUUCCAAUGAGGGUUUUAUGUUUAUCUUUAAGUCUGGCUUUUAUUUGUAACUGCAUCAAAUCAAUCUGAAAUAAAACACCUUUCAGUUUUUUUAA